AAAGACAGCCCUCUGUGGUUUCAACACGGCGCCAUUUUCGGCUGCAGACACUGUUUGGGAAGUUACUGUUUUAGUCUUGAAAUUGUUUGAGUUACAAAAAAUAGCGAUAAGAAAUGGGACGAAAGAAGAAGAAGCAGAUGAAACCUUGGUGCUGGUAUUGCAACAGAGACUUUGAUGAUGAAAAAAUACUCAUUCAGCAUCAAAAGGCGAAACAUUUCAAGUGCCACAUUUGUCAUAAAAAGCUGUACACUGGACCUGGCUUAGCUAUACAUUGUAUGCAGGUGCACAAAGAAACAAUCGAUGGGGUACCCAACGCCAUCCCAGGUAGAACGGACAUAGAGCUGGAAAUCUACGGCAUGGAAGGCAUUCCAGAAAAAGAUAUGCAAGACAGACGGCGUGUUCUUGAGCAAAAAUCACAAGAAAGUCAGAAGAAGAAAAAUAACCCAGAUGACUCCGAUGAGGAGGACGAUGACGAGGCUGGACCUUCCUUUCAGCAACCAGUCGCCCAGCCACAGCCUGGAUACGUUCCCCCGAUGACUCAGCCCGGCAUGCCCCCAGGCACUAGGCCGCAGGGGAUGCCACCUGCCGGCUACUCAGUAGGAAUGCCACCGAUGAUGCCGGGUAUGCCACCGAUGAUGCCCGGGAUGCCACCAGGGAUGCCAGGCAUGCCACCAGGGAUGAUGCCCAUGCAUGGUGGUAUGAUGCCACAUGGUCAUGGUAUGCCCCCUAUGAUGCCAGGAAUGCCUCCAGGUAUGCCACCCCAUGUUGUCCGUCCCGGAAUGCCUCCCAUGGGUCCGGCUGCCCCGGGCACAGCCCCUGGAAUGCCCGCCAGGCCUGCGGUGCCUCCAGUCACCACCCCAUCCGCUGUCACUAAGCCCUUGUUCCCCAGCGCUGCUCAGAUGGGGUCGGGUGUCCCGAGCACGAGCCCAGCCUCCACAGGCUCAGACCCAGGGUCCACCGCUAAGCCCCUGUUUCCUAGCUCGGCACAAGCUCAGCAGACGGCGGCAGGGCCGGCCUCCUCGGCCCCCUCCACAGAGCCUCCCAAAGCAACAUUCCCUGCCUACACCCAGGCGGCAGCCUCUUCCUCCUCGCCUUCCAACCCCCCUAGCAGCGCCGUGGCCAAGCCCCCUGCCACGGUCACAAGUAAGCCCGCCACUCUCACCACCACGAGUGCAACCAGUAAGUUGAUGCAUCCAGAUGAGGAUAUCUCGCUGGAGGAGCGGCGGGCGCAGCUGGGUAGAUAUUCUCGGCUCAUUCCGCGUCCCGGCCAGGCUAGCAUGGCCGCCGCCCCAGCUGGAGCUGUGGCGGGCAUGAUGCCCCCUCAGCAGGGCAUGCCCCCACAGCAGCCCGGCAUGAGGCACCCCAUGCACGGUCAGUAUGGCACACCUCCACAGGGUAUGCCAGGCUACAUGCCCGGCGGGAUGCCCCCAUAUGGACAGGGAGCACCCAUGGUGCCACCCUACCAGGGGGGACCACCAGGGCCAUCAAUGGCAAUGAGGCCUCCGGUCAUGUCACCCGGUGGACGAUACUGAUGCAGGCUGUCUUACUAGGUUUGGAGGUUAAAAGUUUUCCCCCUCUAGUGUUUUUUUUUUUUUUUUUUUUUUUUAAAUUAGCCAAACCAAUGAACUGUGUUUGAGGGAAAAAAUGCAGCGAAGAGGAAAACUACAUAUGGAACUCUGAUCCGCCAUGACACACCCCAGUGGAACAGGGGGACAGGAGGAUGUGAAGGGAGGAACUCUUCAGCUUAACACAUGUGUGGCUUCUCUUCUCUCCUUCAGGUUGUUUAAAGACAGUGUAGUGCAAAUUAUAGUGUAUUGCAGCCCCCCCUCCCCCCGCCCGGAGUAGCACGACUUUACCACCAGUAUCCAGGCAAGUUCUACCAGUGGAAUGUGUCUUAUUCUUAGGUGAAGCCUUCACAGCACAGUUCCAGUGCUGUUGGACUUCAGGUCCCCAACAUUAUGCUUGGUGAGGGCUUCCAGUUGAUGGUUCAUUUUUGUCUCCUGUAUACAGUAAUUCAGGGUUUCAAUUCAAGGUUAAAUGUCUUUACCUCUGUACUGUUUUUUUGGAUAAUGAAUUGUAAUAAACAUUUGCUUAA